UUCAUUCAUUUUAGUGGUGGGGCCAAGAUGGUGUCCCUUUUGCAGUCAUUAGUUCUCUUAGUUUAAGUGGAGCGACACGAAACGACGAGGAGAAAGCGAGCAUGGGGGAGCAAGGCUGAAGAAAAGGGGGCAUGUGAAACGCUUUAUUACAGAUUAAACACGACGAGUCUGAAAGGAAAAAUAAAAACACACAAACAAAGACACACAUUUUUAACAGCUGGAGUCAUUUAAAACAAGUACAGGAACACGCUUUGGGGAGCAGUUAUUGUAUUUUAACUUUUUUUGUAUUUGUGGCAAUUUUGUUACACUGUUUAUUUGUUUUGUUUGUUUGUUUUUUUAAGAAGAACGAAGAUUAUUGUCUUUUUCGUUGUUGUUUUGGUGGUGGGGGGGGGUGGGCCACAACCUUCUUGAACUUCUUGAAGCAGGAGAAAUGAAUUAAUUAAAGAGAAUCGGCAGCUAGAGAAUUAAGAAGGGAUUUAUUUAUUUAUUUAUUUAUUUAAAUCAAAACAGGGGGAAAACCCCCCCUGAAAAUUCACUUUGCUUGAAGAAGUAAAAGAACUGACUAUGUCCUAGAAGGACAAAAAAUAUACCUCCUUUUUUUACAACCAAUCAAACAAUCCAGUAAUCUGGCCUCACGCAAAGUGAUGACAUCACAGAACCACCACAGCAUCAACAACAACAACAACAACAACCCCCCCACACACAAUAACACCCACAACAACAACUCUGCCACGCACAGCUCGGCUUGGCUGAUCCCCAGGUCCUCUGGCAGCCCCGCCCCUCUCUCUGCUGUCCCUGCCCCCUCCAUGGGCCCCUCCCCCUCCAUGGGCGGGUUGGCGUGUGGGCGUGGACUGUGUGCUUGGCCGGACGAGGCGGUGGACGGCUCCUAUGGACUGAACUCGCUGCACCGUAUGUUUGAGAUCGUGGGCGCCCAGCUGACUCACCGGGACGUGCGCGUGCUCUCCUUCCUAUUCGUGGACGUGAUUGACGAGUACGAGCGCGGCGGGAUCCGCGAUGGGAGGGACUUCCUGCUGGCAUUGGAGCGGCAGGGCCGCUGCGACGAGACCAACUUCAGACACGUGCUGCAGCUGCUGAGGAUCAUCACCAGACACGACCUGCUACCCUACGUGACGCUGCGCAGGAGACAGGCUGUGUGUCCGGACCCUGUUGAUAAGUACCUGGAGGACACCUCAGUGCGUUAUGUCUCUCCCAGAGGUGUAGCUGAAAGCAGAGUGGUCUCGCAGCACAGACGCACAGGCCCCCCUCCCCUGCUGUGCUGCCCCCCUGGCAGACCCGCGGUGUGUUCGGGGCGAGGCAAGCCCACCCCUAGCACCCCCAACAGGAAGAGGAAGAGAGUGCACAGCACAGCCGAGUGCAGAGAGAAGCAGACCUGCGAUAUCCGGCUGCGGGUGCGUGCUGAGUAUUGCCAGCACGAGUCUGCUCUAACUGGGAACGUCUUCUCCAACAAGCCGGAGGCUCUGGAGCGGCAGUUCGAGUGCUUCAACCAGGCCAACACCAUCCUGAAGUCGCGGGACCUCGGCUCCAUCAUCUGCGACAUCAAGUUCUCGGAGCUCACCUACCUGGACGCUUUCUGGAGGGACUACAUCAACGGCUCGCUGCUGGAGGCGCUCAAGGGCGUUUUCAUCACAGACUCCCUGAAGCAGGCCGUUGGACACGAGGCCAUCAAGCUGCUUGUCAACGUGGACGAGGAGGACUACCAGGCAGGCAGGAGGAGGCUGCUGAGGAACCUGCUCAUAGGGAGGGAAGCCUUGUAACGAGAGAGAGAGAGAGAGAGAGAGAGAGAGAGAGGGGGGGGGGGGCGGUGUGUGUGUGUGUAGAGAAAGAGGACGAGGAGGGUGUGAGUGAGUGAUACAGUGCUCUGUUCCCAUUCUACACAAACAAUCAAGAACAAAUAAUGAAGCCACUUGAGGACAGAACCGCAGUGCUCUCUCCCAGCCUGCCUCUCUGUCUGUCUGGGAAGAAGAGAAACUGCUCCACAGCAGCAACUGGAUUGCUAUGAUAGCCUCCUCGUGUGUGAGUGAGUGUCUGUGAGUGAGAGACCCGUGUCAUUAGCGUGCCUCGGAAUACUGUGAGCACAAGCUACCUGUCUGAGACAGAGGGACUCUGAGAUAGAGAGAGUUGGAGAUAGAGAGAGGCUGCCAGGCUGUCGGGUUCUUAUCUCUCCAGGUAUACUUCUGUCUCAUCAAUGUACUGUAUAUACUUUUCUUUAAAUAAAAUAUGCAACAUAUAUAUAUAUACUACACAGGACUGGUUUUAUUAAACAGCUCUAACCCUG